AUGCUUAUUCUAAUACUGUUAUUCGCUAACUUAAAAGGCUUUCUUACAUUGCGACAUUGUGAAAGUAAUGUAUGUUUAAAUGGCGGAACAUGUAAAGUAAACGAUCAAGACCGCACUUUCCGGUGUCUUUGUCCAGUUGGUUUCGAAGGAUUGCUAUGCGAAUCGGAAAAAGUUUGUUCUUUGAAAUGUCACAACAAUGAAGUAUGUAUCUUUACUGAUGUCGGAAAGCCAAAAUGUAAUUGCUCAGAAGAAUUUUCGGGGGAAUUAUGUGAAGUCGGCUCAAUUGACUGUCAAGUUCAAGGCUGUUCAAUUGGUGAAAGAUGUGUGCUUGUCGAAGGAGGCAAAUGGCGUUGUGUGCAUGAUGCAUGCAUUCCAAACCCAUGUCAACACAAUGCAUCAUGCACACUAGUGAAAGAUACAUUCGAGUGUGCUUGCACAAGUGGAUUUGAAGGUAAUUUAUGUGAAAACGAUAUCGAUGAAUGCAUAACCACACCUUGUAAAAACGAUGCUAUCUGUGUAAAUAGUCUUGGGUCAUUUAUAUGCCUCUGUAAAGAUGGCUUUCGAGGUACUGUAUGCGAAGAGAGUACGCUGUGUGAUCCUAAUCCAUGCUUUAAUAAUGGAAUUUGUAGUAUUGUCGAUGGCUUAUACCACUGCAACUGUCAACCUGGCUUUACUUCUGACCGAUGUCAAGAACAAAUUGAGGAAGAAUGUAAUUGUAAAAGUGAUAAACAAAUUUGUAUUAGUGGAAUAUGCAAAUGUCCUGAUGGUUUUAUGGGCAAAGAUUGUGAUCAGCCGCUGUCAUGGUCAUGUAUAAGAAAUGAAAGCUGUGAGAACGGCGGUACUUGCCUUGAAGCGACUGGUGGUUGCUUAUGUCCACCUGCUUUUACAGGUAUACGCUGUGAACAUACGCUUGAAUGCAUCGUUGAUAGCAAUCCUUGCAUACACGGCAAUUGUAUAUGGUCUGCAAAUGGAGCUACCUGUAAUUGUGAAAAUGGUUUUGAAGGAAAAUAUUGUGAGAGGAAUUCUCCGGAAUUCGAUCCAUGCUUACGAAGGGAUUGUAAUUCCGGUCAGUGCGUAGUUAAGGGAGGUUCAGCAGUUUGCAUUUGUCCGAAAGAGAAUUCAGGCGAAUUCUGUGAAAAUACGGAUAUUUGUGAAACAAUGCCAUGCUUGAACGGAGGCAAAUGCUUCACUAAUUUUACAAAUAUGUCUGGUUUCAAGUGUAUUUGCGAUGAGCGCUUCAGCGGUACACGUUGCGAAAUGAGAGUACAAGAAAUGGAAUGUGUACCGGAAUGUGUCGCGGGUGAAAGCUGUGAGCGAAGAAAUGGUACUUUUGUCUGCAUUAAAACUGAAAUAUCUUGUGAUGACUGUGUGCAUUCCUUUCGAUGUAUUGAAAAUGGUAAAUAUGCGGUAUGCGUUUGUGACACCGCUUGGACAGGACCGAAAUGUGAUCAGGAAAUUAAGGAAUGCCAAAAUUUAUUCUGCACCCAAUAUCAGAUAUGUCGAAAUGAGCCUACUACUGCUGGGACAAUAACUUCCUGUGGAUGUGCGCCAGGUCUAACUGGAACAAAUUGUACCUUAAAUACCGCUGUGACAUUUCACAAUACUUCAUUCUUUCUCUAUCAAUCACCAAAUAGCGUUGUUGGGUUACAAAAAUCCGAUUAUACAUUAAAAGUCACAUUUCGAACAACUGUAGAUGAUACUCAUAUAUUAUCAACAGAAGAUAUUUUAAGUCAAAUACAAUUCGCUUUAAAUGUACAACGCGGUUAUUUAUAUGGCAACUUCACCGGUUUUGUUUACCGAAAAUUGUUGCCAUUUGCUGUUAAUGACGAUCAUUGGUACACUGUACUGUUCAGUAAUAUUAAUAAGACUGUUUCGCUAGAAAUACGCGAAGGAGAUUUUGUCUUGUCGCGUCUAAAAAUGAAGGAACGCAGAAAUAUGGGCAUCUAUUGGACACGAAUAGGCAAAGGUCGCGCAAAUGGUUUCAGGGGUUGUGUUCGUGAUUUAUUUAUCAAUGGAGAAUUCACUGAUAUGCUCAAAUCAGCUAAUGUAUUCGGAAUCAUAGAAGGAUGUCAACAUUCCAAAUUAUGUUCUCCUAAUCCAUGCCAAAAUGGUGGUACUUGUAUCGAUCAAUGGGAUGAAUUUCGUUGUGCAUGUAAAAAACCAUUCUUGCCACCAUAUUGUAUACAACAAACAGAUGAAGUGACUUUUGGGCAUCAUAAUUUAAAGUCCAGAUUGGAAUUAGAUAUAGAACAAGAUCUGGAGAACAUUAAACUAGAUACAGAUAUUGAUUUCUUGAUCAGAACGAACAAACCUAAUGGAACAUUGUUGUAUCUCGGUGAGAAGAGUGAUGAAGAUAUUGGAACCUUCAUAGCACUGCAAAUUCUUAACGGUUCCUUGAAUAUACGAACGCGAUUGGGAGGCAAGAAAGUAUUUUCAAGAAAUAUAUCAGAUAAAAUCGAUGACAAUAAAGUGCAUUUGAUAAGUUUAGUGAGAGAUCGGAAUAAUUUCACUAUCACAAUAGAUGAUGGUGUGGCAAGUACAAAAUUCGACAUUGAAAAUCGUUUUGAUCAUCCUUUGCUAGCAGAUACCUUGAUUCUGGGCAGCAGUGAAGAUUUAACUACAGAUGCAUUUUCAAAUAAUGACUACUUCAAAGGGACACUACAGGACCUACGUAUCAACAAUCGUGUCGUUCCUCUUUCAACAUUGCCGACUGAUAUCGAAGUACAGCAGUUUGGGAUUGAAAUCGAAAAGGAUAAUAUCCAGCAGGGCACAGUAUCGGAUGACAUUUGCACUCUUUUAAAACCAUGCGUAAAUGGAGAAUGCUCAAACACGUUUAAUGAUUUUGAAUGUAUAUGUGAGAAUUCAUGGAUUGGGAAACGCUGCAAUAAACGUGAUCAUUGUGCUCUUUCGUCUUGUGGCACAAAUAUGACGUGCACAAAUUACGACGGCGGUUAUGUUUGUAGUUCGCCAGCAACAUUUAUAUCAACAUCAUUCGCAAAAUUUAAAUUGGAAAAUGGUGGUGUCGCGACGGAUAUUUCAAAGUCCUUACAAAUCAGCUUCAUGUUGCGAACUCGUUCCUUAUCGGGUCAAAUUAUUUACCUAGAAACUCCAACUUCUUUCCUAUCGGUCUCACUGGAGGAUGGUUUACUGGUGUAUGAAGCACUGAUAAAUGAUAAUAUGAAAAAGCAAAGGACAAAUCUGGUAGUAAAUGAUGGUGCAGUGCGCAGUGUUGAUAUCAACCAAAAUGGUUUGCAUAUCGAUGGCAAGCUCAAUGCUAACAAUUUAUCAUUGCCUCUGUUAGUCAAUACAUUUGAUAUCAAUGAUAACCUAACCUUAAUAAUUGGACAACGAAGUGAUCAAUUACCAUCAUUCGAUGGUUGUCUGGAAAAUAUACACAUUGGAAUAACUCCACCGAUUUCAUUUUUUGUUGAUGGUCGAGCUGGUAAUUUAUUGGAAAAUACCAUGCAUUUCAAGCUAAUGAAGCGUCGAAAUAUCAUAGAUAACUUCUGCUAUGCUGACGAUCUUUGUGGUUUAGUAAAUCCAUGCAAAAAUGAUGCAGUUUGUCGCGAUUUAUGGAAUAAGCGAGUCUGCGAAUGCCAACCUGGGUUUACUGGAACUUUUUGUGAGACACGAAUUAAUAGAUGUGAGAAUCACAUCUGUAAAUUUGGCGCUUGUAUCAGCGGUAUCGACGAAUAUAGUUGUGUAUGUCUGCCCGGAUACGAUGGACAAUUUUGCGAUGAAGAAAUGAAUUUAUGCAAACUAUCACCAUGCUUAAAUGGUGGAAACUGUACAACAGCAAAAGGCAAAUACAAUUGUGAUUGUCCACCUCACUUUGUCGGAUCACGUUGUCAAGUACUGAAAUCAUCAAAAUGUCUUCCUUCACCAUGUGAAAAUGGAGCGAACUGUACGGUAGUUAAGGACACAUUCAAAUGCGACUGUCCGCCAGGUUUUGAUGGUAUUCUUUGUGAUAUACAAAAAGAUAUUUGUCAAUCAAAUCCAUGCAAAAAUGGAGCUACAUGCUUGCCAAAAGAUGGCGAUUUUAAAUGCAUAUGUACCAAUGGUUAUGAGGGCCGAAUUUGUGAGGAAAUGAAAGAUUAUUGUAGUACUUCACCUUGUGUACAUGGAGAAUGCAUAACGGUAACUGACAAUUUCUUGUGUAACUGUGAGUCGGGCUGGAAUGGUGAACACUGCGAUAUUGAUAUCAAUGAAUGUAUACGAUUUCCUUGUGAACAUGAUGGUAACUGCACCAAUACACCUGGAUCAUAUCACUGUAGUUGCGACAGCUAUCAUUUAGGUGAUCAUUGUGAAGUAGUGGGCAGUUGUGUAGAGCGACCGUGUGGUGAUAACGGUGAUUGCAUACAGCAAACAUCGACUACGCAUUCAUGUGUUUGUAGACGGGGAUAUACGGGUGAUACCUGUGACAUACUGAUUGAUUACUGCAGUCCAAAUCCGUGUGAGAAUGGCGCCACUUGCCAGAAGUUCAUUGGUGGCUUCAGCUGCUCAUGCUUAGCUGGUUUUGCAGGUGAAACAUGUUCAUUGGAUAUUGAUGAUUGCAUUAAUAAUGUAUGCCGGAAUGGUGGACAUUGUAUGGAUCGGAUAAAUGGAUACGAAUGUGAUUGUGAAGGUACAGGUUACCGGGGUACUCACUGCACUGAGGACAUCGAUGAAUGUGAACUGGGUGUUUGUGUCUACGGUAGAUGCACUAACUUGAUUGGCUCAUAUAAUUGCAUUUGCGACAUAGGAUAUAUUGGAAAACGAUGCACUGUAGAAGACCCAUGCACUCUGGAUAGCCUGAAUCGAACGAGGCAUGACUGUGUGCAUGGUGCAUGCGUUCAUCCUACAGUUAGCAUGAAGAAUGAUAUGGAAGUGGCAAAUUAUGAAUGCGAAUGUGAGUUCGGCUAUGGUGGAGAGUAUUGCAUCCACUUAGUCGAGAAGAGCAGAUCUGUUUCAUUGGGUUACAUAGUUGGACCAAUGCUGGCUCUUAUCAUAGCAUUGCUCAUUAUUGGCUUUGUAUUAUUGGCAGUAGUUAUGAUUCAUGGACGUCGUGCAACUCAGGGUGCCUAUAGUCCAUCUCAUCACGAAAGUAGCAUCUCACGAAUGCCGAUGAAUUCAAUGCUCAAAUCUCCACCCGAAGAAAGACUGAUAUAG